AAACGGUCAUCGGUGCUAUCGAUAUUGCGCACCGGCGGCACGCAACUAUCGAUAGCGCAAUAUUGUGAGUUGAGUUGCACGUGUUCCAAAUAAAAUAGUUCGUUUUAUUUGAUUGGAGCCAUUUAUUUAAUAACAAAACGGCGCCAUGCAGCACGACGAUGUGGUUUGGAGCAUCAUCAACAAGUCCUUUUGCUCGCACAAAGUGAAAACCGACACACGCACCUUCUGCCGCCAUGAGUACAAUCUCACGGGUCUGUGCACCCGGAGAACCUGUCCCCUGGCCAAUUCGCAAUAUGCCACCGUUCGCGAGGAGAAGGGCAUCAUCUAUUUGUUCAUCAAAACGGCGGAGAGAUCGCACAUGCCAAGCAAAUUGUGGGAAAGGAUCAAGCUGUCCAGAAACUUCGAGAAGGCCAUCGAGCAGAUCAACGAGAAUCUGGUGUUCUGGCCCAAGUACAUGAUCGCCAAGAAUAAGCAACGUUUCCUCAAGAUCACCCAGUAUCUGAUGCGAAUGCGCCGGCUAAAGUUGCGUCGUCAGAAGCUCAUUGUGCCGCUGUCCACGAAGAUCGAGCGGCGGGAGGCGAGGCGCGAGGAGAAGGCCUUGGUGGCCGCCAAAAUCGACAAUCACAUCGAGAAGGCGCUGAUGGAUCGUCUAAAGCAUGGCACCUAUCGCGACAUCUACAACUUCUCGCAAACCGCAUUCAACAAGGCUCUGGAGGCGGAACGCGUGGACGAGGAUGAGGAGGACCUCGACGACGAGGACGAGGACGAGCAGCUGGAGCGCGAAAUGGAGGUGGACGCCGACGAUUCCCGCGAAGCUAUCGAAGUCCAGAAAUCCCUGCUCGACGAGGAGUUCGUGGAGGCCGAUACGGACGAUGAGGAGGAGGAGGGAGAUGAUGACGAGGACGAUGACGAUGACUACGAUAGCGAUUCCGGCAAGCGGGAAGAGGUCGAAGUGGGCAGCGAUUUCGAGGAGUCCGACGAGGAUGACGAUCCGGAUGCUGAUGAUAUUGAGGACACCAAAGUGCCAGCCAAGAAAACCGCCAGCAAAUCGAAGAAGGACAAGAAAUCGCCGGCCACCAGUCGACGCAGCCGCUCGAAGCCCAAACUGGAGCUGGAGUACGAGUAUGAGGUGGAGAAGGAGGCACAGCGGCAGAUGCGCCAUUAGCCAGGUCCACAAUAUAUUCCCAUGCACCCCCACUUAGCUGUUAACGCUUAUUGUUUAGCCAACUACAUUUGUAACGCCGGUUAAGAAUAGUAUUUUAUAUAAAAAAUGAAAACUGACAAAAACAAA